GUCUAAUGAAAUGGUAACGUUGUUUCCUCUAUCAGUAUGUUACCCAACAUGACUUUGACAUUGACAUGACAAAUAACGCACUGAGGUUAAUUUUGAAAUUCAAAUAAUGUAGUUCGUUUCGAAUCUUAUGACAGAAAUUGGAGGUGAACCAUGGUUGGAUACGACAAAGAUUCUAAGUUAACAAAAUUAGAUUUUGCAUUGGCUGGCGGUGGAUCGGGAUUCAUAACCAGAGCGAUUUGUCAACCUCUGGACGUUUUAAAAAUACGUUUCCAACUCCAAGUAGAACCAAUAUCUAACCAUGAAGUUUCAAAGUAUAGAUCAAUAUUUCAAGCAGUUGGUGUAAUACUGAGGGAGGAAGGUCCCAAAGCCUUUUGGAAGGGGCACAUACCAGCACAAUGGCUUUCUGUUAUGUAUGGUGUUGGGCAGUUCUGCACAUUUGAAAUUUUAUCCAGACAAAGUGCCAGACUGAACUUACCACAUAACUACUCGCCUUUUGUUAAUUUCACAUGUGGCUCAAUUGCAGGUGGCGUUGCAACAUUAGUAUCAUUUCCUUUUGAUGUCAUAAGGACUAGGCUAGUGGCACAAAGUGAACAACAAAAAAUUUAUAAAGGUGUAGUGGAGGCGGGAAUUAGCAUUCUCAGAAAUGAAGGCCCCUUUGUAUUAUUUCGUGGUUUGCUUCCCACAGUAUUACAAAUUGGACCUCAUGCAGGUGCACAGUUUAUGUGCUACAAAAUAUUCAGUGAUUUGUAUUUGAAGGUAAUAAAAACUGAUAGUACUACACUAUCUAGUAGUUUAAUGGCUGGCAGUUUGGCAGGACUUUGUGCCAAAGCUUUUAUUUACCCCUUUGAUUUGACCAAGAAAAGGAUGCAAGUACAGGGUUUUGAGGAGGGUAGAAAAUCAUUUGGCAGGUUGUUUGUGUGCAGAGGAUUUAAUGAUUGUCUUAUUAGAAUUUAUCAGCUGGAGGGUUUAGCAGGGUUCUUUAAAGGUCUGAGUCCCAGUUUGAUUAAAGCUGUGUGCACCACAGCCUUACAUUUCAGCAGUUACGAAAUGAUCUGUAAAAUUUUGGAAAAAACUAAGGUUUGAGUACAAUGGGUUUUCAAUAAUGUUAUUAAGUUAAGAGAUUUAUUUUUUUAAAUAUAUUUUUACAAGUGUUAUUUAUUGUAUAAUAAUGAGUCAUUCUGCUACAUUGUUGAUUUUGUUUAAGUUAAACUGUGUUCAGUGAUAAUACUCGGUACCAAAGAUGUACAACCUUAUUCUAGUCAUUGUAGUGUAGUAUAAUAUGAUAAUUUGUUGAUUAUUGCUCGAAUAAAUGUUUAAAAGUUA